AUGGGUAAAUAUCCUGAAACAUUAGUUGAUCCAUCACUUGGUAAUCGUCUUAAUACACUUCGUAAUGCACUUGCAUCAUUUUUACUUGUUACUGUUGAAUCAAUUGUUAUUCUUGCUAUACGUCCAGUUUAUCAAUAUCGUAGUCCAUAUUAUCCACCAUUAUCAUGGAAUGAAGCUAAACAACAAGCAUUAACUGAUGUCAUUUUUUACGUACCAUCAUUACAAAAAAAUGAUAUUGAAAAUACGUUAAAUACAAAUCUUCCAUUAUUUUCAUCACGUUAUGGUAUAAUAGCAAACGCAAGUGGACCAAAUCCAUGUACAAAUUAUGUUUGUUCAACAGGUACAAUUUGUCGACCAACACGAACUAUACAACCAUUACCUUAUUCUAUUGAUACAAAUCAAACAUCAUUUGUUGGUAUAAACGUUGUUGAUUCAGCUGAUUGUGUUAAUUCAACAUAUUCAAAAAAUUUUACAAAUACACAAACAGGAUGUGUUACAAAUACAUUUAAUAAUUUAACAUAUGGUCCAUGUACAUCAUUACAAACAUAUGCACCACUUGGACCGUAUUGUCAAGUACUUGGAAGAACAUUUAAUGAGAAUGGUGGUGGUUAUGCUGUAUUUGAUGGAACAACUUUUUCAAAUCGUGCACCAACACGUUUCUCAUUUGAUUUUGCUGUACGUCCACCAGUAACUAAUGGCUUAAUUUUAUUCUAUGGACGAAAUACAACACCGAUAAAUGAUUUUUUUUGGACAGCUAUUGAAAUUUAUCAAUCAAGAUUAAGAUUUCGUUUUCGUGAUACAAUACUUGAUGCAUCAAGUACAACACUCAAUGCAUCAGCAUGGUAUCAUGUAGAAUAUCAAGUAAGAUUUUUAUUUCAUAAAAAUAUUUAA